GACGAAACGUGUGGCCGGCGUGUUCUUGAUAUAAGGAGAUACGACAUGGAUAGUGAUGGGACACUUGUCUGUCAUUCGGUCAUCGGUGAACACUUUUUUUCAGGACAGAUUGUGGAAGCUGAAGAGUUAAGGUGUUUAAUUAAAAUUACUGAGAACUGCUCGAACAAACUUAGAGAAUCUUUUACCCACACUUUGUAUAAAUUUACUAGAUUUUCAUUAUUUUAAUUUUGAUUUUAUUGGAGUGGGAAUGGUGGAACAGAAUCUUCAAGCGUAUACAUCCAACCACACAUUGGAACAUCGAAAGACGGAAAUAAAAAUUAUAGGUUCCUGCUGUAUAAUAUUUUCUUACGUGCCAUUUUUCAUUGCCAUAUUAAUGCUUCUCAAUCCUGCAUCUGCCAAUCCCUUGCCAUCCGACAACACUGUCCGAGUAAAGGAGACGUCCUUUGCGGAAAAGUUGCAAAACCCGUGCGCGUUAGCCGAUGCCUCCCGGUUGCAGAGGGAAUCACUUUCACCGGAAGAACGGCUAAACACCAAGGGGAUGUUAAUCAAAGAACUCAAAGCUAGAGUCAUGCUACUCAACGAAAGCGCCACUACUAUACUAAGAACGAAUGUCCUACAUGAUUGCUCAUCUCUAAAGCUACCUCCUGUUACUGAAGUUCCUAAUAUGGAAGAAUUAGCAACUGGCAACGUGGAAGAAAUGAAUCGAAUUGUUCAUAUUUCUAUGCUCAACCUCACAGCUCAUAUAUGCUUCACAGUGACACAACUGGAAAAGUACAUUGGUGAGACCUGCAACAGUGACGGCCUACUGGCGAGUGCCAAAACCUUAGCAACGAACAUGCGAGAACUCUUGUGCAUUCACAGACUAUACAUGCUGACCCUGAAAGAAGGUAGUGAUAGUGGUGAUGAAUCUGAGUUUUCGGAGUUAUAUUCGCAGGUACUCAACGAGCCUCUAAUGGACCAACCAUUAUGUUCUAGAAGAUCUGUAAGAGACUGCCAAACAAUGACUAACGCAGUAAUGAUGCUAAACGAAAUGGCAAAGUUCUACACAUCAAGAUCUGAAGAACCAGCAUAAAAGGCUACGUUUCACACAAGUAUGAAUGAUUUUAGCAAUUUUUGUUAACUUAUUAGGUGCUUCAGAAGUCUUUCCAACUCGCCAUAUGGGAGCUCAUUCACUCAUAAGGGACCAUGUUUCACAUUCUGCAUGAGAAAAAAAAUCGCCAAGUUCCUGAGAAAAGAUAUUUUAUUACAGUUUUAAAACAGCAAUUUAAAAGAGAAAAAAACACUGAAAAGUGCCAACCUGUAUUUAAGGGAAUGUUUGAAAAAACAUUACCUCACAGUUUGUGGUGUUGUUAAUUACUUAUUUUGAUAAAAUUGAAAAUAAGUGAUGACUUAAAAUGUUCCAUCUUUUCUCUAUUUCAUUCUGUCCCAUAUUUUUCUCAUGUAUUUUUUUAUAAAUAUGUAAAUAUACGAAUGAAUAUGUUCCUCAGACAUAAAAGAAACGCAUGCAAAUAGCAAUAUCAUAAAUUUCUUUCUAGCUUGCGCUCUUUAACAACUGCUUUUAGUAAUUUUUAAAACAUUCUCACAAAUGUAGUGUUGUUCCUUCCAACCAUAUAUUUGCUUUUUCCACAUUUGCGGUGCUUACUUAAUUUGCUAAGAAACUCGUCAGGAAUUUAUUUGUAUUUUUAUUAUGAGAAUACUUUCAAUUAACCCACCUAAAUCCUCUAAGAGGAAACUGCUUAAAAAUAUUUUAUAAGUACUGAGAAUGUUUGUCACUUUUGUGUAGUAUUUCGUUGUUUGCAAAUCUAUAAGCUAUAUUUUUCUAUUUAAUCAAGAUCAUUCUUGUGAUUAAUGCUUUUAUAAAGUCCACGCACAUUCUCUUUUAUGGAAUAGUAAUAUAUGAGGAUCAUUCUUGUCUUAGUAACUCUAGUAAAAAAAUAUGUUAAAAGUAUGUGAUACAUAAAGAGAAAUUUUUAGAUGGGUAUUUAAUAGUGGCAACAAUAUAAUUAUAUCCAACAUAUCUGCUUGAAACAUUUAUAACCCUUCGGUGCUUACUACAACCAUUAGUGUUGUAUAUGUUACGGCCAAAGCCCGAAGUUCGGCCAGUUUGCGAAUUGGCUGGCUAAUUCGAGUUUAGGUCAAGAUGUUUGGCCAAAGUCCGAAGUACUUGCAAUUAAUAUUGUAUAUUCUACUUCGGAUGGCCAUUUCGUGAAGUGGCUGGGAAUCCUUGGCCAAAGCCCGAUGCUAUAAUGGUAGAUUAACCAUAUUUGUUUUAAUUAGCCCUUAUAUUAGCUAUUUGCCUUUGCAAAAAAUUUCAUAUUUUUUGAAGCGAUAUUUCGGAAGACAAUGUGGUCUGAGAUCUUUAACAUUGGGUUUAUGGAGCAGAAAAAGACAAAGGAUCACCCUUAAAAGUAGUUGAAAAAUUGAGUACUCAAUUUGACUUUGUAUUCAUACACGAUACGCAACGCAUUUGCUCCAGAUAUAAUUCGUCAUUUUGAAGAACUCAAAUCUAAUCUUCUUCACGCUAUCAAGUUGUUACAUCAUAUACGCUCACUGAAUAAUUUCUAUUAUGGCUUUAACAUAAGAAUAGAAUAACAAGAGAUUAUAUUUUUAUAUAUUACAAGCUUAUUUUCAACUCAGAGGUGUCAUUUAUAUUUGAACUCGUUUCUGAAACAAUUGUACUUAAAAAAACAGUACACAGAAGUACUCAUUUUUAAAUACCUUAUUUUUAACAGUGUGUUAAACAAUCUACUCUUGAUUUCUUUCUUCCUACUUUGGCCGAUCGUCCCAAUCCACUUCGCGAAAUGGCCGGCCAAAGCCCGAAAUCAAGAAAAGAUCGGACAUUGGCCUGUAUGUUUACAGCAACGUUGGCUAAAACGGUAAUUGGCCGGCCAAUUCGAGAACUGACCGAUUUCGGACUUAGACCGUAGCAUAUAAAUCUGUUUCCAACGAUUUGGAAGAAAUAGAAUACUUGGUGUAAUACCAAUUCGGUUGAUGGUCAUGACUCGUUAAGAAACUCUGGAACUUUUCAGUAGAAAAUGCCACAAAAGGGUUCAUUAACCUUUAGAAUUAAGUCAUAAUAACUGAGCUACAUGCAGGUGAGCAUUAUCAUGAAAGAUGAUCGAAUGGUUUUCAGAGACUGCUUUUUUUUCGCAUAGCUGCAAGUACUUUAAAAAAGAGCAUUAAUGUUGUGAAUUGACUGUUUGUCCAUGGGGUAUGAAAUGCAGUACGAUAUCAAUCAUACACGAUAACUAACAUCACCUUAAAAUUUCUGGAAUUCUAACGCACGUAUCGAUAAAUAUUGAUGCCACGCGUUCAGUUAUUUUUUCAAUAUUGACUCGUGAGAGUCAUUAUAUUGUCACAGUCUCAUCCAAAGUAAUAGUACUGUGUUAGAAAGACUCCCUUUUGCGCUCAUAAUGAUCAAAAUGCACUUUGAGCAGCAUCAUAUCGUAGCUUUUUUGCAUUUUAUUUUUCUUUUCCUACCUCAAAUCCUCAUUAUUUGCUAUUCUUUAGACCACCGACUGCGUGCAACUUUUUUUUUACUCAUCAUAGCAUCUGUAUGCAGCUUUGUAUAGACCAAUCUAUUUAUUGGAAGGCAUAGUAGGAUCAUAACUGUCAUUUAUUAGAAUUUAAAUACCCUGAUUUCAUUUUCUCGUACAUUUAAUUAGAACUUUAAAUAUGAAAUAGUUUUUUUCGCCGUUAAAUAACAAGCAUUUGAUCUGGCAAAAUCUUUCGAAUUGCCAAAAUGAAAUUAGGUUGCCACUAUUAAAUUUCUUAUUCUUAUAAAUAUCCAUGAAUAUUGUAAUGAAUGAAAAAUAAACUGAUAAAUUUGAAUAGAAUCUAAUUUUUAGCACAAUAUUUAAUAUUCUGUGUAUUAAGGCUCUGAAACGUACUAAAGUUAAACCUAAAAUAACACUAAUUAACCCUAAAACCCUUUUAAAAACAUAUAACGUAUUUAUUGCUGAUGAAGACAGUAGUAACUUUCAAAGUGUUGUCAACUUGAUUUGGUCUUGGCUGUAAUAAUUCAUUACUUUCAGAUAUCGCCAAACUGAAAAUGAAUUAAAUUAUAUCUCUCAAUCAAUAAUAUUAUAAAUUUCAGUAAUAAUUUAUAAUAUUAUUUCUAACAGUUUCACCUUCAUAGAAAUUUAUAUUAAGAAAAUUUUCAAGAUUUUAAGGGAAUUAAAAUUUAUUCAAAACUUAAAAAACCGUCCAUUUUACUACUUGUAUUUAUUUUUUUUAAUAAUUUAUCUUUAAACUGUAAAUUUUUUAUAAAUUUUGUAAAUAUAUAUUCUAUUUUUGCAUUUCUUAAUAUAUGUUGGUGUGAAAAUAAGUAUUUUGAUCGAUAAUGACAUCAUAAUUUUUGAGAUAUCUUAAUAUGUAUUAAUUUAUUAAAGUUUGCAUAGUUUUUAUAGAAAUAUUCAGAAACAGUAUUAAUAUUUAGUACUCUAGCCAUUUAACAUUUAAAUAGGGUUAUUACCAUUGGCAUAUUUUCUUUACUUAAUUUUAGGGUUUAUUGACUUCUUUUUUUUUGUGGGGGGGAGUAAUUUAUUGUUGAUCAAUUAUUUUUUUUAUCUCUUUUCUACAUGUAUGACAUUUUAAUACAUUUCUGGCACAAAUUUUUAAUAAACUUAUAUACUAAGCUUAUAAAAACUCAAGAGUUUUAUGUAAAUCAUUUGUAUGUCUUUCCUAUUGAUGGAUUAUUUAUUGUAUCAUUUUGUAGUGACGUAGCAUUGUAACGUGAUUUAGAAGACAGUAUUUUUUGUAACUAAUGUCUGACGUGAAUGUAUUUACUAUACUCAUUAUUUAUGAUAAUAAAAAUAUUUUGUGUUAA